CAAAGCCUUACUUGAAUGUAUGGGUCUUCCAAUCCUUGGGCAUCUUUUCUUACAAAGAAGCUAAAUAUUGGUGGGAAAAGAGUAAACCUUGCAAUAUGGGAUACAGCUGGUCAAGAAAGAUUUCAUGCAUUGGGACCGAUCUACUACAGGGAUUCUAAUGGAGCUAUUCUAGUAUAUGAUAUAACAGAUGAAGACUCUUUUCAAAAGGUAAAAAACUGGGUUAAGGAAUUAAGAAAAAUGUUGGGAAAUGAAAUCUGUUUAUGUAUAGUAGGUAACAAAAUAGACUUGGAAAAAGAGAGACAUGUUUCAGUGCAAGAAGCAGAAACGUAUGCUGAAUCUGUUGGAGCAAAACAUUAUCAUACUUCAGCUAAACAGAACAAAGGAAUUGAAGAACUGUUUCUUGACCUUUGUAAAAGAAUGAUAGAAACGGCUCAGGUGGAUGAAAGAGCAAGAGGCAAUGGUUCCAGUCAGUCAGGAAUAGCAAGGCGAGGUGUACAGAUCAUUGAUGAUGAGCCACAAGUACAGAGCAGUGGAGGGUGCUGUUCUUCUGGAUAAUUAUAAAACUGUGCAUCACUGCCCUCUCAAUAUGAAGACUGCCAUAUUCGAAGUCACGCAUUCUUUACCAAUGGAGUAAUAGAAUUAACAGUAUUUAAAAAUAAUCACAUGUAACACUGCAGAGACCUUAAGUGCUAAACUAGUGGCGUCUGUGACCAGAGAAUUGGCAUUUUCUACAGUGGUUAACAAAGCAAUUACCAAUGGCCUUUUUACAUAUUUUUCUUUAAUGAGGAAUAAUAUGCAUGUAGAAAAGACCUACUUAAAGGCUUCAUUUAUAUUCUUUUAAAUCAGAUCAUUAUUUAAUAACUUAUAUACAUUGUUGUUGGAAUGGUAUACGUUUUUGCAGCUCUUUGUAUUUUGUGGUAGAUUGAAUUGUAUCACUUCUAAAAAUGCAAAUUGAUUUUUUUUUUUAAAUUAGCAGAUAUCUGAAGUAAUAUUUUUGCAGGGCCUCCACAAGCCUAUAACUGUCAACUACUUUGAUAUAUUCUGUUCAUCCUGUAUGCCAAGCUGGUAAAAUACAUUGUAAAUUACAUAUUAAAUAUUUUAUCUGCUUUUACAAUUGCAGGUGCAGAAAUAUGUACAUCAGUCUUGUCAGUGGUUGUGAAGUGAAUAAGUCAGUGAAAGAUGCAAGCUUUUCAUGUGUACUGUUGAAUUGCUCAUUCUGUUCCCCCUACCUGAAAACAGCUCUUUUUUGGUACAUUCAUAGCUACAGCAUUUUCUUUUAAGCCUUUUCGGGCAAGCAGCAGUAUUUAGAGUAUCCCCUUAGUGGGAAGAGAAUGCUUCCUUAGACUGCUGUUCAGCACUGAGGUGUUUGACUCCCAGCUAAAACAGUUGGUGCAUGCAUAUAUCUUGCCUCUGCAGUUACGUUGGCCUCUCAGAAUAUCCCUAGAAAGUCAAAGCAACUUUAGCCCUUGUCUGUCUGGUAGCCAGUAAACCAGAUGCGUGGGAAGCUCUUAACCUGCAUCAAUACAUUUGUGUCCCAAGACAGCAUUAUAAAUUAUUAAUAAGCAUAAUUUUUUCCCCUGUAUCACAGGGCUUGAGUGAACAAAUGAAUUGGCAUUAACUAGAAGUGAGUCUGAUUUGGAGUGAUUAAAUGGAUGAUGUGAAACUUGCCAGAUGUAAUUGUAACUUUGGGGUUAUUAGACAGAACUGAACUUACUCUUGACUUGCUCUUUCUCUUGUAAAGUGUUUUGAAGCCCACUUAAGUUUUGGGAGGAGGGUUGUCACAAAAAGUGUAUAAACUAUCAAGGGAUCACAAAUGGUGGUAGUUGAAACUUCAAAAUGUUUUAUGCUCUGACUUUUUUUUACUUAAGUUGUCAUGCUUGGAAAAAACAGUAAAGGUGAUGUCUAUGACAAAAUAGAAUAUUCCUUGGCCUUCCUUUUUCUGAAGGGUAGAAUUAGCAUUGCAUAUGAAUGCAUUGAAUGGUGUGGGUAUGUUCCGAUGCACAAAAGGACCAGUAGUAACUAAUCACUCUGACGUGUAAGACAAAUGUACUGUUUUCAGUCUGAUUUUUAUUUUCUCUGGAAUAAUAGAUGGCUUUGUUACAGACUGGUCCUGGUGCAUUUUUUCCCUUUCUGCCUAAGCUGUGGUGUAGAUACUUUCUCUUAAGCUGCCGUUGCAGUCCUCUUCUGACCUGUGUGUAUGCAUGAUGAACAAAGGCGAUCUGUUCAUGCUGGUGAAGAUAAAGUUUCCUGACUGCACAGAGCUUUGGUGUGAAUCUAAAGUUCAUUAUUACAUGUGUAUAUGUGUAGCAACACCAUUAAGUUAACAUUCUCAUAUUACACCUAACUUAAGUGAGCCUUGCCAAAGUUGAAGACCAGGUCAGUUUGAUCUGAAACCAGUACCUUCAAAUCCAUACAGUUAGAGGAAUGUCAGUCCUAUAAGUGAUACAGUAUUGAUGUGAGGGGUGACAUUGGCAAGACUCUGUGUUCAAGGCUGGGAUCUCCUCAUAAUAGGAGUUCUGGAUUUUUUGAUUCAAACUUCAUUUUUUGCAGAGGUGCGGAAAAACAAACAACCCAACCUCAGCUAGACUUGAUAAGCAGGUGAGUUGUGAGGGAGAGAGCAUAUGUGUUCUCCCCUGAACAGAGCUUUCUCCACUUUGUUGAAGUGAACAGAUGCAGUUCAGGUCUGGAAAUUAAUACUAGGCGUUUACCCAAGAGAAUGUUUUGUUUGACUGCUUUGAAGGAGAAGCAGUGUGUAGAAUGUAUCUUUCUGCCUGCAGCUAAAGAGUUUUUCUUUAGUGUAUUCUGUAGUAGGGGCAUUCUGUGUGACUUCUGUCCGUUACAAAACUAACAAAGCCAUGUUGAUACUAACUCUUAAGUCUCUUAGAAAACUAAAGCUAUUACUACUGAAAACUUAGGUGGGGGUAAGGAAGCUUACCAUUUUGUAUGAUUAAAAAGAUUCCAUUAGCAAAAUAUUUUUUGAAAUAAAAUCUCAGGUGUUACUCUUCUUACUUAAGCUACAGCAUGAAAAAUACUCUCUAGAAACCUCCCUGUCUAAGCUGCAGUUUGGUUGGACUUUAUUUAUGGAACUUAAAACCUGUGCUUAGCAGGGUAUUGUAUUACCAUACAAAAGAAGUACAGCUUCAUGAAGUCAGGGAAGUUGGUUUCCAAGACACAAGUAAAAACAUUAUGGAUUGUUUAGACUGAUUAAUGUAAUAUGUAGAUUUGAGCAGGAUCUUACUGAAGUAACCUGGCGUUGCUACAGUGUGGCUUAGUUUUCAAGAGUCUUGCAUUUGCUGGAAACUUGCUGAAAUAAAACCUAACAAACCAAAGUCCAAACAUUUCAAUGCAGCAGUAUGUACUGCUGUUAGGAGUUAUUUAUGAACACUGUCUUAUUGUACUUAGGCUGUAGUUCAGAAGUUAUAAAAGACCAGAUAAGCUGAUUCAGAUGGGGACGCUCUAAUAAAUUCAGAGGUGUAGUACUUGGAGGUGAGUGUAACUAGCUGUAAAGAUCGAGGGUGGUGACUUCAUCUGGUUUGCAGUGAUCUUGCCUAUCGUUCCAAGAAGAGGACAUCCAGUGUCCACAGGAACUGUAUUGGCUAGUCUCUUGAAGUGGUUAAGUAAUUGAGGGCUGCCUUUAUUACCUGCUUUUGUUCAAUGUUCACGCAUUGUGAACAGGCAUUCUUGCUUACUACCACAUUAGAAAGUAUCCCUUAGCCCUCUUUAUCCUGCCACUUUUAUCGCUCUAGGUGUUUAACUUGUAUCUCUGCCUACAGCUCUUGAAGAACCUAGUGACUCAGUUUCUACUUCAGAUUCCAAGCCAGAGGAAAAAAAAGCUUUGCAAAAAGAUAGGAGGUCAUGGAAGGUGGUUGGAGCUCAAAUGGAGUUCUCUGAAAAUGUUGGAUGCUGUCAGAAAAAAACAGUCUAAAGAAGGUAAGAGGAAUGGGAGUCCUGCUUGAGGAUAAAUGGAUGUCAGGAAUCUCCACAAGCUGAAAGCAGUUAAGUGGUAUGAAUGAUGGAGCAUGGGAAUAAGAGUUGGAGCCAGGCACCUCUCUUACUUUUCUGCUUUUUGUAGAAGGAAAAGGAGAAGUAGAAAGAAAAAAGCAGGCAGGAAAAACUGAAGGUGCUGGUAGUGGGCUGCUGAGUGAGGUGCGGGGUUAACCAUUUCUUGGUGGAGUUGCUAGCAUGUCUUCUCAGGAAUGGAGUUGCCUAAUUCAAGACUUUUCUAAGAUUACUUCCUAGGUUGUUUUUCCUUUUGUGAAACACCAUUUUUGCCUCACUAAAGAGAACACAACUAACUUUGAACAGGCUUUCAGACAUAAUGCUAACCUACUUAAAACUUGAUUAAAUGGCUGAAAUUAGCAUAUUCUACAGUUAAUUGGCUUUGCUAAUCUUGGUUUGCAUCAAAUCUUAGGAUUUUUUUUUUUUCCCCUGACAAGUCAGGAAAUAUAUCUUGCAGUGAGGAUAACUUUUACUGCAGUUGUGCCAAGGAGUUGCAGAUGAAGACCGAGAUCCUUGGCACUAGGUGCUGAACAAGCUCAACAAAGACAGCCCCAAAACUAACUCUUUUAACUAUGCUGGGCAUUGCUGCUCAUGCUACUCCUUGGGAGAUUCUGCUCAACACCAGGAUUUUUCCUCUAUUUAGGACAAACCUGUGCAUCUCAGUGAUGUAGCCAUCUACUGAUUUUAGGCUUUUUCUAUCAAAUAAUAAUGUAUAUUCUUCCCUCUUACUUUUUUGGAGCUGUCAUUGGCCAUUGUAUUGAGCAGAACGAGAUGGAGAAACAGUUUUGAGAGUUGUGGAGGAUCUUAAAUGUUUCUUGUCUUGAGAUGGCUUGAAAAGUGAGAAUCUAUGAAACUGUCACCAUUAUGACAAAGGUAUUAAUCAGUCCAAGAUAACUUUCUCCAAGCCAAAGUAUUUUAAGUUUUACUGUAAUCUGAUUAAAAUGAUAAAUUGCUCUACUUCUAAACUGAAAACUUAUUUCACGCUGAUCUCUUUUGAUUCUUAAUUUUUUUCCCAAGACUUAAGUUUACCAAACUUGGCCAAAGCCUUCUAUUAACUGGUAUGUUCUACAGCCCUAAAAUAAUGUCUGUGCCUGUAGGGAGGAGCUGUGUACUCAUUCAUACUCCACGGGACAGUGUGGAGCUUUGGUUUUUAUUUAUUCAAUACCAGGAUGUUGAAAGAUAGACUGCAAAAAAUAAUUGUUUCCAUCUAUUUUCACUGCUUUGCAUGCUCAGGCAAUCGUGACCUGAUGCAUCUGCAGAGUGAAUGUGCAGAGAGGGCUUCUGUCCCUCCCCUUCUGCUUGCUGGCUGCACUGAUCCUCGUUGGUAAUGAGUUACUACUACAGGAAACUCCAUACUGGAGAUCCCCCUGUACAAGAAAGGAAAUACACACAUUCUUUGCUUGCUAAUCCAGCUCUUCUAGAUGGUGAUAGGUACUACAGCAGUAAUAAACUAGUUCCUCUUUGUUUGAGAACAUUGUUUUUUCUCUAGAGAAGUUUUUCUUAUUUCCUGACAAGUCACUUUUUUCCCACAUAUCUAGUAUCUAGUCUCGCUGAUCUCUUGCAAGGGGUUUUAAUACUUCAUUGUAAGUCAGCCAGAAGCAAUGCAAUUUGAAAGCAUGACAAGGGAGGAUGAUGAGUAGCAGUAAUUGCAACAGUGUUCCCCAGCAAGUGGUCAUAUCCUGCCUCCAAACUAGUGAAGAGAGUAUUGGAAGUUUAACAGUGAAUCCUUGCUCCCUCUGGUACCUGACUCCUGAUUCCUGGCUAUUGGAAGUGACUUAGGAGACCUCCAAGUCGAGAGGACUGGAGAGAGCAAGGACCACUUUCUCAUCUGUUGCUAAGUAGUUGGUAUCCUGUGGCAGAUCCAAACUCAUGUAACACGUUUUUUUUGAGCUGUUGAAACUGUUAAAUUGCAGACCCUUGAAGUUAACUUGAGUUAACCAUCACUCCAUUCUGAAAGGUCAACAAAUUUGGGACUUGCAGUGGAGGAGAACAAGUGGUUUCUCUUUUUCAGAACAGGAAGCAUAAACUGCCUAAUCAGGCUUUUCUUAGUGGAAAGAGAAGAGGAAAGCACUUGAUACCUAGAGAUUUAAGUGCUGUCAGUGUUAUUUGAUCAUACAGGUGUUAUAAUGAUUGUUUUACUGGAUUUUUCUCAUCAGAUAAUUUCAUUGAGCUUAUCGCGCUCAUUCAAAUAGAAUACUUAUCUUUGAACCCAGAGAAAACGUUAGCAGGGCAAAAGUCAAUACUCAAAAGGACACAGCAUUUUUAAUACCAGGUAACUUGACAUUGUCAAACAUUGUAGGAAUAUUCUAUUUGGCAUUUGUGGAUAAAAGACAUUUUGAAAAAACGUAUUAAAAAAUAGUGGCUAGCCGAGGCUUCACAAAAAUUUCCUAGUGCAUUGCUGCAGCUGGAGUUCUUAAAUAUCUUUUAGAGUACUUUAUAUACCAGUGCAUUUACAUGAAGGUAGUUCUGUGAUAAGUUAAUUCCAAAUGAUCGAUCAACUAAGGAAACAAGAACGCCUUCAGCAUGACUGCUGUUCUAUCAAUGCCUAAUAUGAAAAGUGUAAAUGCAUGUAAAUGGAUCAACAGAAAGGGCAAAAAAUACAUACUGAAAAACAAUGCAAGAAAACAGCUGGAAAUUCUUGUUACAAUCAUACAUGAAAACUUGUUCUCUUACAUUUUAGUAAGUCACAUAAUUUGAAACUUGAUGAACAGUCUAAUAAAGUGGCCCUGAAAAUUACUGGAGGUUGGGGUCAAUGGCCUGGCUUACAGAGAUUUGGUAAAAACUGAGGCUGCAGGUGUUUUAUGUUACAAAUACUCCAAUGGGUUCAGAAAUUUGUUUGAUGUGAUGAAAGAUGGCUUUAAGAUGCUAAAGCAGGCUCAGUGAGGUUGUCCUACGUUAUGCUAGCAUACACCCCAGAGACUAUAGUGUGACCAGGGACCCAUCAAAAUGCGGUUUUGAUGCUCAAAACUGGCCUUCGGCAGCCCAGAACAGUUCAUGGGGAAGAAGCGGUUGCUGUUGAACCACAUUUGCCAGUUUAAUGAUAGCCCAGGCACAUUGCCUGUCUGCUAGGGGAGCAGCAAAACCAAGUCAAACCAUGGAACCAAGGCUCAGGACCAGGAGUUUUCCAAUUACGUGUUUGUAUCCUACUGAUGUCCUACCUCCACAAUGAAUGUUUGUGCACACUUCCCUAGUGACAAUUGCUGUGGAUUUGACCUGGAUGGGCAUUGUGAAUGAAAACAGCAAGCAACAGGAAAAGCAGGGCAGGAUAAGGGAGUUUGCGCAGUUCCUGCUUUGGUUGUUCUUGGCCCUUUCACUUGCACUUUCAAAAAGUCAGUAGCUAUAGCCUACUAUCUUUGCAUCAGAAAGUGGAUUUUCUAUUUGGUGAGAUUUUUUUGGUCAAGAAACUAAAAUCUUAAGUAGAUUAAGAAAGUAAAUGUAAUUCCUUUACAGGUCUAGUCUUCCCAAAGUCUGUCAGCAUCUCUCGUUAAAUGGGCUGUGUUAAAUGGUGAAGAGCAAGUGUGCUGCCUGUAGUUACACCCUGCAAUUGGAGUCCUAUGGUGACUCUUUCAAAUUGAAAGAGGCAGCAGAGUAUCCAAUGUACCUCUGAUUGCCCAUUGUUUUGUGACAUGGGAGUAGGCAAAACAAUCCUCAGACAUAAAGCUUACCCAUACUGGUUAGAGAAGUUGGUUUGAGGCUUAAAAUGACACAAAAUUGUACUUUGGUGGGAGUGUUCAAGAAAUCUUGAUCAUCAUUUCGGUAUGUGAAUAGUGCAGUGCUUGGCACUGUGGGACACUGAUUCUUUUUCAGGGAGCUACGGAUUUCAGUUUGGGAAAUGGAGUGAUUUCUGAAGCGGAUUGUGAUGGCAAGCUAAGCAGGAAGGCAGUAUUGUGUUAGUAGUAUGGACCCAUCCUUAGCAUUGCUUUUUGAAUGGCUGUGAUGAAACACAGUGUUGACUGCCCCCACCCUAAAACAAUUGUUCCAUUCGUUUCCGGCUCUUUCCGGGAAGCGGUGCCUGUUGGCGGUGGUGUAGCGCAUAUGUACGAGGGAUGGGGUUACUACUAUUUUGCUUUGCUUUCUGCUUUCUUAGCUCUGGCAAUGCUAGUCCCUGCUGAUGGGCAAACAACAGAUCAGUUUCUGUUUAGUCAUCACUCUCGGAUAGCUUCCAGCUAGUCUCUGUGGAGGCUGAUGCAAUCAUGAAUCUCUCCUUGCAUGACAAAUGCAGAGCAUUUCAUGUUGGUAUAUGCUCUGCUUCUUUUAUAUUAAAAAAAUAAGUUUCUUGUCCCACUGAGAGAACAAAGCUAUUGUAAGUUUGUGAUCAGUUGUACCAGCUGUAAUGUUUUCUUAUGACAAGUCUUGUAUGUUUUGGGUUGUUUCAUAUUCUGGAAUUCUAUUAAUACUUGAUAUGCAUAUCAAAAAAUUCAGGCUCAUAAACAAGAACUCACAGCUGUGGCUAUGGAUAUACAAAAUGUGGCAUAGUGCAAAUACUUGCAGAAAGCUCAUUGUCCACUGUACUGCCUUCAUGUCUUGUCAUAUCUCCAUGCCUUCACACUCUAAAUACAAAUAAAUGCUGGUGGGGAAAGAUAUUUCCUUCCUUUUAAUUUCAGUCUAUGUGUACUUAAUUUCUCUGCCCCUAUUCUUGCCUAACCUUGUGGUAGAAGGCAGCCAAGCAUGGAACGUUAUGAUACUUGCAUGCUCUACUUGUGCAGGUUAGUGGGGUUUUUUAAUGUUUUCUUAGAGGAACAGGUAAAAAGGCUAUCGCAUCUUCCUUUCCUAGUUUCUACACUGAGGUAGAGACAAUUUGUGAGUCGCAAAGAUCCUAACUGGUACCAGAGGCUAUGUUUUUACUGGCAAAUAAAUCACACCAAGCUGCAUAAGUAGCUCUGGCCUUGAGAGCAAAUGGCAUGGUACAGCUUUCAUCCAGGUGGCUAAGUCCUCUUCUGCCCUUUAAAUCAUAUUUACAUGCUGCCUGCUUGGAGUGGCUGUGCUGUUCCCUGUGCUGUGUCUAGGUAUUAGUCUGUGAGAAACCUAAAUGGUAUGGGCCAUGGUUACAGGAAAGAGCACGCUAAUGAUUAAACAGCAAGGCUGACUGUAGGUCAGUACCCUGGGCGUUCUUGGUUGACUUGAGUGGAUGUAGCCAGAGCCUCACCUCUCUCCUGCUCUCCUCGUUGUAGAGUAGGACAGGAGGAUUCUUUUUUUACCUUUUCCUCCUGUAUGUGGAAAACAAGAGCAUGUGGCAGCUAAACCCUGGCGUAUCUCCUUUGUUAUCUAUAACACAAUUCAUACUAAGGGCUGGUACCUCUUAGAACGUGAAGAACUCAAAAGAAGCCUGAUCUGCAGCUUCCUCCUGGGUGUCCUGCUGCACCCAGAGUCUGGGACAGCACCCCGUUUACUGUCUGCUCGUGGUCUGUGACAAACUGGAGUAGCUUGGAGAAAUUGUGGGUUGCAUCUGUCAAAGGAAGGUUUGAAAUAUAUCCAUUUCCUGUGAGCAGGAAAAAAGGUCAAAGGGAAAGGUAUCUUUGGCACUGCUUAUCUUUGUUUCUGUGCUGGGGGUGGGGGGUUGUUUGUACAAAUUAAGCCUGUAAUGGAAGGACUUGACAGAAUCUACACUUCUCUUGUGCGGGCCAGGUUUUUAUGCGGUUGAGCAUGUGGGCAGCUGAUGCUUCUGAAUACAGGAAUGGAUCUUGGAACUGUGCUGAAAUAGCUGUGUGAACAAUAACAAUAGCAGCUGCUGUAGCUCUUAGCAUAGCAAUAAUUGCUAUGCUUGCAGCUGUGACAGCAACAGAAACCACAGGAAAGCCAGGAACACUUUUUGCCUGCGCGCUCGCUGCUGGCUGAGGUGCUGUGACUGCCUUUAUGUGGCAGAAGAUUCUUUAUUAGAGCAGAUGGCUACUUAAAAUUCAAUGAAGAGCGAGCCACCAAACUGAAGAUACCCUCCUUCUUAGAUUCCCAUCUGUGUAAUGUGUGAAAGGUUGGACUUUAGCAUAGAGCUACAGACUGCCCCAUUGUUUUCUUAAUGGGCUUAUGGAGAAGGGGGAGGGACCUGCUAGCACUAUGCCAGCCUAUGGAAUUUGGUGUUGUGCAUCUUUCGGGUUUGUAAACUGAAAUAACAUAACACACCAUUGCAGGCUGGGGGCUGACUGGCUGGAGAGCAGCUUUGCAGAAAAGGAUCAGUGUUGUGCACAACAAGUUGGCUAUGAGCCAGCAAAGGCGGCCAACAGCAUCCUGGGCUGCAUUGGGAAGAGCACCACCAGCAGGCUGAGGGAGGUGAUCCUUCUCCUCAGCCCUGGUGAGAGACUUCUGGCAGUGCUGGACUCCCAAGUACAACAGAGAUAAUGGACAUCCUGGAGCGAGGCAUGUGAAGGGCUAUCAAAGACGAUUAGGAGACUGGACCAUCUGUCAUAUGAAGAGAGGCUGACAGAGCUGGGACUGUUCAGUCUCGAGAAGGCUCAGGGGAUCUUGUCAACACUUAAAAAUACAUUAUGAGGGGGAGUAAAGAAGGUGGAGCUGGACUCUCCCAGUGUCCAGUGAAAGGACAAGAUGAAAUGGACACACUGAAAUGCAAGAAAUUCCAUAUAAGUGCAAGAAAAAUCUUUUUCAUUCUAAGAGUGGCCAAACACUGGAACAGCUUGCCCCGGAAAGUUGUGGUGUCUCUAUUGUUGGAGAUACUCGAAACCUAACUGGGCAAGGCCCUGAAUGAUCUGAUCUGUUCUGCUCUGCAAUCUGAUUUGCAAUCGGCCCUGGGCAGGAGGGUUGGACUAGAUGAUCUCUGAAGGUUCCUGACAACCUCAACCUCUCUCUGAUCCUGUGAUAUUGCAACCUGAUAGCAAAGAGUCGUUUUGCCCUCCAUCUUGAAUAAUUAUAUGCUCAUUGUUAUGCAAUGAUCGUUUGCAAAAGAACAAGGGGGAAGGGCCCAAGAGGGAUGGCUAGUAGACCUGGCAACUAGCUAGAAAGUGGUCAUGUAUCUCACAGGGUAAAUUCUUCUGUGGGACCAAGAGCUCUUUGAAACACUCUGGCCUUCUUGCCAGAUUGAGGCCAGUGAGGCAAGUACUGACUGGGACACUGAGGGCAGAGUGGUAGGACACGAGACCUAGGAACGCUCCUGUGGGACCUGUUGAUCAUUCACCAAAGAAACUUAGAGCAGAAACUCCUUUCCUGUGUCUGGUGGAAGAAGAGAGCUGCAUUGAAUACAUCUCCCUCAAAGGAAAGUAAAGUCUCAAUGCUAAGACCAAGAAGUCUCAAGCUUGACUUUAAGGCACCUCUGAGAGAAGACUUCUCUGGAAAACAAAAAGAACAAGCCUGGUGGUUGUGUGAGAACUAUUGCUUAGUAAGGAUUAAUUUCAACCUCAGGGGUGCAAUUCAGUGGGACUGAUACCAAGCUGUGAUGGAUGAUUUUCAAGGAUUGGAGUGGUCCUAAGGCCAGAUAAGAAACAAAUGUGUUGAAUCUUAAUGCUUUAAAUAGAUGACUAGUUGAAGAUUAGUCCCUUGCCCUGCAUGAAUGACACUCUUCCGAAAAAAUCCGAUUACUUUGCACACAUACUUUGGUACCAUAUAGUCCAGUGAUGUUUUCCAACAAAAUUUUACUAGCUUUGGAAAUGCAAGCAUUAACUGAUGUUCAGCACUAACACAAAUGGGAUUUAUC